GCCGCCAUUUUUCUUGUUGUGGUGUGCUGUGAGUUCUGCGUCGUCUGUCUUUCACAGUUCUGGGGGAAACAAAUCAGUUUUAUUGCAGAAUUAAACUUAUAUAUUUUUUUGUUAUUCGUGAGUUAAACUUUCAAACAAACAAGCGAGCGUCGGGAGUGAAGAGAGCAACAUGGCGCAGUACAAAGGAGCUGCCAGCGAGGCCGGGAGAGCCAUGCAGCUGAUGAAGAAGCGAGAAAAGGAAAGAGAGCAGCUUGAACAGCUCAAGCAGAAGAUCGCAGAGGACAACAUGGUGAAGUCCAACAUCGACAAGAAGUUCUCAGCUCACUACGAUGCUGUGGAGGCAGAGCUGAAGUCCAGCACAGUUGGUCUGGUGACACUGAAUGAUAUGAAGGCCAAGCAGGAGGCGCUGGUGAAGGAGAGGGAGAAACAGCUGGCCAAGAAGGAGCAGUCCAAGGAGCUCAUGCUCAAGCUCGAGAAGCAGAAGGAGAAGAAGCGAAAGGAGGAGCAGAAGAGGAAGAUAGCCAGUUUAUCGUUCAACCCAGAGGACGAGGGAGAGGAGGAGGAGGAGGAGGAGAACGAAGACGAAGAGCUGGACUACUCUCCAGCUAGGAAGAAGUAUCUGGGGAAAAAUCCAGACGUGGACACAAGUUUCCUUCCUGAUCGAGACAGAGAGGAGGAGGAGAAUCGUCUCAGAGAGGAACUCAGGCAGGAGUGGGAGCUCAAACAGGAGAAGAUUAAGAGUGAAGAAAUUGAGAUCACGUUCAGCUACUGGGACGGCUCUGGACAUCGUAAGACCGUCAAGAUGAAGAAGGGAAAUACCAUCCAGAACUUCCUGCAGAGGGCGCUGGAGGUCCUCAGAAAGGACUUCAGCGAGCUCAGGUCUGCAGGAGUGGAGCAGCUUAUGUACAUCAAAGAGGAUCUGAUAAUCCCACAUCACCACAGUUUUUACGACUUCAUUGUAACCAAAGCCAGAGGCAAAUCUGGUCCUCUUUUCAGCUUUGACGUCCACGAUGACAUUCGACUGGUGAACGACGCCACCGUUGAGAAAGACGAGUCUCAUGCAGGUAAAGUGGUGCUGAGGAGCUGGUAUGAGAAGAACAAGCACAUCUUCCCCGCUAGUCGCUGGGAGCCGUACGAUCCUGAGAAGAAAUGGGACAAAUAUACGAUCCGGUGAAACAGCUGUCCAUUCUGGCCUUUGGAAUCCCUGAUGCAAACUUUUUGUUGUUUAUUUCCAUCAUAUUUUACUCUAAAUAUGCUUUUAUCAAGAUUUGAUAAAAGUACUUUUUUUACCUGGUAUUUGAAAUACUAGUUUCCCACCGAACAUGUAUUUGAACUGCCAAUACAAUGUUUCCUGUGAAAACAACCCCACACUCACGCGUGUACAGCUCAUGAACAUGUCGUAGCAUCUAUGCUUAAUAAAAAAUAAACC